AUGGCUGUUUGCAGUAUUUUCCUUGUCAAGAAAUUCACUCUACUCUAUCCAUGCCCAUCUGUAUGUACACGAUCCACCACGUGCUCUGUCCACCAAUUCGCGUACAGCAACCUUUCGGGAUGGGGCCUCCUUGCCUUCUUCCUCAGCUGCAGCUCUCUCGACCACAAUGAUAGACUUCACGGCGCUGGUCUCCCUCUUCUUCGUCCUCCUCAUCCUCAAGCUGGUCACCGGCCGCUACGCAUCGCCCACCCGCGGCUCGCCCGCGCCCACGGCCCGCUCAUGCUCCUCCGCCUCGGCGCCGUGCCCACGCUCGCCGUCUCCUCCGCCGAGGCCGCCAGGGAGGUGAUGAGGACCCACGACGCCGCCUUCGCCAGCCGCCACCUCAGCGCCACGCUCGACAUCAUCACCUGCGGCGGCAAGGGCGUCCUCUUCUCCCCCUACGACGACCGCUGGCGCGAGCUCCGCAGGGUCUGCGUGCAGGAGCUCUUCAGCCAGCGCCGCGUGCUCUCCUUCCGCCCCGCCCGGGAGGACGAGGUCGCGCGCCUCCUGCGCGCCGUCUCCGACGGGUGCCGCGGCGGCCGUGCCGUCAACCUCGGCGAGAAGAUGUGCCGCAUGACCACCGACUCCGUGGUGCGCGCGGCCAUAGGCGAGAGGUGCGACCACCGCGACGAGUUCCUUCACGAGCUCGACGUGGCCGUGCGGCUCACCGGCGGCAUCAACCUCGCCGACCUGUACCCCUCGUCGCGGCUCGUGCGCCGGCUCAGCGUCGCCGCGCGGGACAUGGUCAAGUGCCAGAGGAACAUCUACCGCAUCGUGCAGAGCAUCAUAAAAGAACGAGCCGGCGCGCCGGAGCCAGAGAGAGAUGAGGACCUGCUCGGCGUCCUCCUCAAGCUGCAGAAGGACGGCGGCCUGCAGUUUGAACUCACCACCGAGAUCAUCACAGCCGUCAUUGUGGACAUUUUUUCUGCCAGGAGCGAGACAUCGUCGACGACCUUAGAGUGGGCCAUGUCGGAGCUUAUGAGAAACCCACGGGUGCUACAUAAGGUGCAGUCGGAGGUGAGAGAUGCCUUCAAGGGAAAAGAUAAGCUCGCCGAGGAAGACAUCGUCAAGGUGAGGCUGGGCUAUCUCCACCUAGUGAUCAAGGAGGCUCUAAGGCUGCACCCGCCGGGGCCGCUCCUGCUCCCACGGGAGUGUCGCGAGGCAUGUCGGGUGAUGGGCUACGACGUGCCCAAGGGCACCAAGGUGGUUGUGAACGUGUGGGCGAUGGGGAGGGACCACAUGUACUGGGGUGACGCGGAGGCAUUCAGGCCAGAGAGAUUCGAAAACAGCACCAUCGACUUCAAGGGAGCCGACUUCGAGUUCCUCCCAUUCGGAGCUGGCCGGAGGAUGUGCCCCGGCAUGUCGCUCGCGAUGGCCAACAUGGAGUUGUCGCUAGCUAGUCUCCUUUUCCACUUUGAUUGGGAGCUGCCCUGUGGCAUGAGGCCCGAAGAUAUGGACAUGACAGAGACUUUCGGUAUCACAGCGAGAAGGAAGUUCAAGCUCUCGGUGCACGCAAAAUCCCACGUCCCAUGUGGAAAUUGA